GACUACAUAUUUUCUUGUAUAUCGGUGGCGAGCCCUUUUUGCUUCUGCACCUUUAAGGAGGCCAAAGAUGUUUCGCAGUAUGGGCGAGUUCACUGACUACGCAAAGGCGUUAUUUGCGGUUUUCUCUUCCCCCUCUGUACCUAGCAACGCACCUGACAAGAUGACUUGCACGAGCGCUGCUGCUCCUGCUUCGCAGCGUUACCUGGAAAAAAAGGCCUGCAUGGAAUCCUUCUACGUUCUUUUUGGCUACGAGCCUACCCCUUCUUUGUUUUCUGGGCUUUUCACACAUGAGGACAUCGCUCCCACCACAGCCGAAUUAAAUGGCCGAAUAAUAGGUGGUAUUGAUGAGCGCACAUUUCUGACAUUCAUGCAGACUUGUGCCGAGCAUGAGGAAGGGCUUUUAAUGGGGAAUUUGAACAGUACCAUCACGUGCAGUGGGAAGGUAUCCCCCUCUGUGAGUGUAGCCUCUGCUUGGAAGUGUUUUAAAGCACUCGCAGCUGACAAGGACUACAUAACGUUAGAUGAUUUCAUUCUAGCGGAUCGGGAGGAUCCUUUUAGUGGCGUUGGAAUAGGCAUAAACCAACAGCUCCUUGAACAGGAUGCUGAACGUGAUGCCGAUAAUUCCAUGUUAGCACCUUUUCACGCCACCCUGCGCGGUCGUCGACACGCUCUUCUUUCGCAUGUGUUCACAAUAUUGGAUACUAAUGGUGAUGGUAGAAUCCCGUUUGCCGACUUCAAAGAUGCGCUCAUUUCGUUGCAUGCGGUGUGAACUUUUUCUCACUAGCUCUGUACAUUCUUAUUUAUGGCUCGUCAUGUUGUUAAAUGAAAUCUAAGAGAAUUCUUGGACAUUUCGCAGUGUGUAACAACAACCAAAAAA